UGGUAAACAGAGAUUGCGGGCGUGAAGGAGUAACUGGUUUACUUUUUAAAGUGUUUGAGAGAAUGGAGGACAGAUCAAGCGUAUCACACAAAGACCAAAAACCUGCCCCCCGACCGGGAGACUAUGGACUCCUCCCCAGCAGACCCACGGAGCCUCAGCGACUCCAGGCGCACAGCCGCCGGCAGAGGCUGCGCCCAGCCAGGGAGCGCGCUGUCAUGCAGGAGACGGUCCGCUACUCGGAGAUCAUCUCCACUGCGGCCAGCACGCGCUUGCAGUCCUUUUUACAGGGUCCAAUGACAGAGCAGAGUUUAUUGUGCCAAGCAGGUUACGAGGGAAACACCCCAAAAGUGUCGACCUUCCACACCCCAAAAGACAUCCACGGCCUUCAGGAGAAGGACCGACACGGGCCAUCGACAGAGGUGCUGCUGCCGACAGACUUUCCGGCCACAGGCUACAUCCCUAAAGUUCAGCUGCCCUUCCUCUCUCCGCCAGGCCAUCUUCCUCGCAAGAUCGCCAUUGAAAGACUUCGACGGGAGUACUUGAGCUGUGACAUCACACAGCUCCUGGCAGAACAUGGCAUCGACUCCAAGCAGCUGAUGACUGCUAUUCAGAGCAUUGAUGACAACCCGAUGAAUCCCCAAUGGCCACGUUUGCCGAUAUCAAACUACCUGCCUCUUGAAGUGUUUGAUAAUGAAGAAUUUGACUGCCGCACACCCACAGACUGGCUGCAACUGGGCUAUGAGCCUGGGUCAUGUGAUCACAAACCAGUUCCCGGCAAAGCCUUACUUCCCACCAAUGAUGGGACAGCAGAAUGUGACCCACUAAAUUCAAAGCUGGAGUUCAGCUGGCAGCCUGUUGGAGUUCUGAACUACAACCCAGAAAAGAAGCUUUACCUAGUUCACAGGGCUGAUAGUUCUGGUAGGCUGAGAGAUACAGAAGGAAAACCCAUCAUCAGUGGAGGACAGGAGGUCCAAGGUGAAUGGAUGCUGCACCCACUCCAGUCCUGGGUGCCCAGGAUCCAGCUCCUGUUCUGUGCAGAGGAUCCGCGUAUAUUUGCCCAGCGGGUGCUGUCAGCCCAACAGACGAGGGCUAGAACCGAGGCUCUGUUGCUUUAUCACUUCUCCGUCGACUGCAUGCCAGUGCAGGACGACGCACCAACUCUGGGCACCCAGGAGUUCGAGCACAUCAAACACCGCGCCCUUUCCACUCCUGGCCUCCGGCUCAAACUGCUGGAGAAAUGUGCUAACCAGCUGGAGAAGGAGAUCUAUCUGGAGUACAGUCGCACCAUGAACCGGAUCUGCUUUGACCGGGUGGUGCGGACCAAUCCAGAGGAGUUUUCCCAUAUCACUCUUCCUCAAAUGGAGCCAGAGCAUGUUCCCGAGAAGGGAUCUGCCCCCAUCCCUGACUACCCCUUUAAGAAGAAUCGGUCUGCCAUAGCCUUCAGCUCCCUGCUCACCAAGUCAGAGGUCAUCUACGCGCUGUGCAAAGUGCGGCGAGAAUGUGACCAGGUGGCAGCCAUGAAUUUAUUCAACAUCACCUUCACCAAGGCUCUGCGACAGAAAGAGUUUGAGGCGGCCCAGUCUCAGACACAAUCACAGGUGCAGCUGUACCUCCGCGACACCUGGGUCACGACGCUCUGCACGGGGAUCCGCUCCAGCCUGCGGGACGUGGGCCCGGGCUGGUUCGACUUGUCGGAGUCACGCUGGGACGUGUACCGCCUGUCUAAGAUGAGUCGCCUUAUGGCGCUGGUCCGUCACGUCAUGCAGGACUCGCUCCGCUUCCUGGUACAGGACUCCCUGGUGGGACUCGCCCAGAUGCUGCUGGACGCCUGUCACGGUGUGCUGCACUGCCCCGAGGACAUGGUCUGGGGCUCGGAUCUCAUCAACAGCCCAUACAAACCCAAGAAGAACCCAUUGUUUGUGGUGGACCUUAUCCUUGACCAAACUGGAGUCCACUACAGCAGCUCCCUGGAGGUCAUGGAGAUGUCCGUCAUGAACCUGUUUGACAAGGGCAUCUUAUCCACACACAACAUUCCCCAGCUGGAUAAGUUUGUGAUGAAGAACAUGUUCAUCUGUGGAACGCCAUUGCUGGAGUCCGUGGGAUUAUGGGAGCACGGGGUGAGUGAGCUUCGCGAGAAGGCCCGCCAUGCCCUGCAGCAGGCUGCCGUGCCGCUCAGAGCAUACGCCCGCGAGUAUGAACGGCACCUGGAGCUGCACAACAUCGACAUCGAGUCUCACCUCAGGUCACUUAGUCACUUGGAACGGACACCCCAGGAGGUGAAACGUGAGGUAGAUCGCCACCUGCUGGAACAGGAGCGGGUGAACAACUCGCUGCCGGCUCUGAUCGUCAUCGGGCCCUUCAUGGUCAGUGUGGAGGCCACACGUCAGAAGCUGCUGAGGAAUCUCCGGGCCCUGGCCAACGGCGUGCUGGACCAGCUCGCUCACAGGCUGCGCAAACAGAUGGAAGAUGCAUGUGAGGAGUACAAGGCUAUUAGCAAGAAGCUUUACGAGAAACCUACCAGCAUUGAGGAGCUCGCGGAACUGCGGGAGUGGAUUAAACAGAUCCCAGAUCAGCUUAAGGCUCCUAAGGAGCUUGUAUCCAAAGCCCUGAUUGACUAUGAGUUGCUGAGCGAGUUCUUCUACAGUGUCUCAGAUGCAGAUUUCAGGAGAAAGUGGGACGCUGUGGCAUGGCCGCAGAAAAUCCUGACCCAGAUCGACGCCGUGACCAUCCAGCAUCAGUCAGAUGAGGAAUGUCUUCACAAAAUUCUGCUGGCUGACCAGAACAACUUCCAAGAGUCUGUUUAUUCCUUGCAGCUGGCCGUGACCAGAUUGGCUGGCCACACGGACCUCAGCCGUGCUCAUGAGGCGGCCAAUGAGGUCCGUCGAAUUGCUAAGCAACUGAAGGAGGCACAGGGUGUGGCACAGGUCUACAACAACCGAGAACGGCUCUUUGGCAUUCCUGUCACCAACUACAACAGUCUGCAAAAGUUGGCCAACGACUUCCAGCCAUUCCGUGACCUGUGGUCCACAGCGUCUGACUGGCUGCGCUGGCAGGAGAGCUGGAUGCAAGACCCGCUGUCCACCAUCGAACCUGAGCAGCUGGAGAGCAGCGUCAGUGAGGCCUCCAAGACCAUUCAAAAAUGCAUCAAGCAGCUGAAGGAUGCCACAGACUGCCAAGCCGUGGCUUUGGACGUCCAAAGGAGGAUUGAGGACUUCCGACCAUCCAUCCCCCUCAUCCAGGGACUGCGCAGCCCAGGCAUGCGCAGCCGGCACUGGCAGCUGCUGUCCAAGAGCAUCGGCCUGAACGUCAAGCCCAAAGCCAGCCUGACCUUCUCACGCUGCCUGGAGAUGGGUCUGCAGGAGCACAUGGGGGCCAUAGGCCGUGUGGCAGAGGUCGCCAGAAAGGAGUUCGCCAUCGAGCAGGCUCUGGAUAAGAUGGAGCUGCAGUGGUCAAGCGUGACCUUUGAGGUUCUGCCCUACAAAGAAACGGGUACCUACAUUCUUAAGAGCCCGGAUGAGGUCUUCCAGCUGCUGGACGACCACAUCGUUAUGACCCAGAGCAUGUCGUUCUCUCCCUACAAGAAGGCUUUCGAAGGACGCAUCCUUACGUGGGAGAGCAAACUAAGGACCAUGCAGGAUGUGCUGGAGGAGUGGCUCACCUGCCAGCGUUCCUGGCUCUACCUCGAGCCCAUCUUCAGCUCCGAUGACAUUAAUCGGCAGCUUCCCCUGAAAGCAAAGCAGUACCAGACCAUGGAGCGCAACUGGAGGAAGGUGAUGAAGAGUGCAAACGACAACAGGAAGGUGAUUGAGCUCUGCCCCGAUGCCCGCCUGUUGGCCAGCCUGAGGGACUGUAACAAGCUGCUGGAGAUGGUGCAGAAAGGCCUGAGUGACUAUCUGGAGGCCAAGAGAGGAGCCUUCCCCAGAUUCUACUUCCUCUCGGAUGACGAACUCCUGGAAAUCCUGUCCCACACUAAGGAUCCUUUGGCAGUGCAGCCGCAUCUCCGCAAGUGCUUUGAGAACAUUGUUCGUCUUCAGUUCCAGCCCGACCUGCAGAUCACACACAUGUACUCGGCAGAGGGGGAGGAGGUCAGGCUGUUCGUUCCCGUGUGGCCCUCUGGGAAUGUGGAGGACUGGCUGUGUGAGGUGGAGAGAGCCAUGAAGGCCACGCUGAGGGAUAACAUUGAACGUUCCCUGCAGGAUUGCCCAGAGAAAACACGCACAGAGUGGGUAUUGCACUGGCCUGGGCAGGUGGUCAUUGCUGGAUGCCAGACCUUCUGGACAACAGAAGUGUCCAAAGCCCUGGAGCUGGGUGACCUAUCCAGUCGGCUAUACCCCCAGCUGCAGACACAGCUGGGAGACCUCGUGAUGCUGGUGAGAGGCCAGCUAUCAAAGAUGCAGCGAUCGGUGCUCUCUGCCCUCAUUGUCAUCGAGGUCCACGCCAAGGACGUGGUGGCGAAGCUUGUCCACGAAGGGGUUUCUAGCGUCAAUGACUUUGAGUGGAUCAGCCAGCUCAGGUACUACUGGGCCCGGGAUGACCUAUAUAUCCAAGCGGUGAAUGCGGAGUUCCUCUACGGCUAUGAGUACCUUGGCAACACUGGCCGGCUGGUCAUCACCCCCCUGACGGACAGAUGUUACCUGACCCUGACGGGAGCGCUACACCUGAAAUUUGGAGGCGCGCCAUCUGGGCCUGCUGGGACAGGGAAGACCGAGACAACGAAAGACUUAGGGAAAGCACUUGCCAUCCAGACCGUGGUCUUCAACUGCUCAGACCAGCUGGACUUCAUGGCUGUGGGAAAGUUCCUCAAGGGCUUGGCCAGCUCAGGGGCCUGGGCCUGCUUCGAUGAGUUUAACCGCAUUGACGUGGAGGUUCUGUCUGUGGUGGCACAACAGAUCACCACCAUCCAGAAGGCCCAGAUGCAGGGGGUAGAGCGAUUCGUGUUUGAAGGUGUGGACAUCCCGCUGGUACCCUCCUGUGCCGUCUUUAUCACCAUGAACCCUGGCUAUGCUGGUCGGACUGAGCUUCCAGACAACCUCAAGGCAUUGUUUCGUCCUGUGGCCAUGAUGGUGCCCGACUAUGCCAUGAUUGCCGAAAUCUCCCUCUACUCCUUUGGAUUCAGUGACGCCAAAGUGCUUUCGAAGAAAAUCACAGCCACCUUCAAGCUCUCCUCGGAGCAGCUCAGCUCUCAGGACCACUAUGAUUUUGGCAUGAGAGCGGUGAAGACUGUGAUCUCUGCUGCUGGGAACCUGAAGAGAGAGAAACCAAGCAUGAAUGAGGAGCUCAUCUGUCUCCGGGCAAUAAGAGAUGUCAACGUCCCUAAGUUCUUGCAGGAUGACCUCAAACUAUUCAAUGGCAUCGUGUCUGACCUGUUCCCCAAGAUCCGCGAUGAGCCCAUUGACUAUGGGACGCUGGAAGAUUCCAUCCGCAGUGUCUGUGUCAAAAUGUGUCUGAAGGAUGUUGACAGUUACAUUACUAAAUGCAUCCAGCUGUAUGAGACCAUAGUGGUCCGGCAUGGCCUGAUGCUUGUGGGACCUACUGGGUCAGGGAAAACCAAGUGUUAUGAGAUCCUGGGAGCGGCGAUCACAGCCCUCCGAGGCCAGCCUUCAGUGAGCGGGGGUGUCUAUGAGGUAGUACGGAUCUAUGUCCUGAACCCCAAGUCCAUCACCAUGGGGCAGCUUUACGGCGAAUUCGACCUGCUGACCCAUGAGUGGACAGAUGGUAUCCUUUCUUCUCUGAUCCGUGCCGGUGCUGCUUCAGCAGAUCAGGAGAAGAAGUGGUACAUGUUUGAUGGGCCAGUGGAUGCCGUGUGGAUUGAGAAUAUGAACACAGUCCUGGAUGACAACAAAAAGCUGUGCUUGAGCUCUGGAGAGAUCAUCAAACUGACUGACGUGAUGACAAUCAUGUUUGAGGUCCAGGAUCUGGCUGUGGCGUCUCCCGCAACCGUGUCCCGCUGCGGGAUGGUCUACCUGGAACCUAGCAUUCUGGGCCUGUCCCCUUUCACAGAGUGCUGGCUGAGUACCAUCCCAGACCUGAUACAGCCCUACUCCCAGCAACUCGCCUCUCUCUUCACCAGGUUCUUGCAGGACUCAAUCGUGUUUGUGCGCCAAACUGUGAAAGAGGUCAUUUCAUCUGUGGACUGCAACCUCACCUGCAGUCUACUGAAACUCCUGGACUGCUUCUUUAAACCCUUCACACCUCAUGAGGGGCGGAGGUCAGUCCCUCAGGAGAAGCUGGCACGCCUCGGGGAGCUCAUCGAACCCUGGUUCAUCUUCUCUUUGGUGUGGAGCGUGGGGGCCACGGGCGAUGCCUUCAGCCGACAGCGAUUCAGCUCUUGGCUGCGGGGCAAAAUGGUGGAGGAGAAGGUACACCUGUGCUUCCCAGAAGAGGGCCUAGUGUAUGACUAUUGGCUGGAUGAUGCCGGAAUCAACAGCCUGGGAGAGGAUGACAAGGAGAAAGAGAGAACGGUGUGUUGGGUUAGUUGGAUGCUGUCUGCCCAGAAUGUGGUCAUCGAACCUCAUACCAGCUACUCUGACAUUAUUGUCCCCACCCUCGAUACAGUACGCAUGUCCUUCCUGGUUGACAUGCUGCUGUCCAAUGGAAAACCGGUUCUGUGUGUUGGGCCCACUGGCACGGGGAAGACCCUCACCAUCUCAGACAAGUUGCUGAAACACAUGCCUGAUGAGUACAUCUCCCACUUCCUCACCUUCUCAGCCCGCACCACUGCCAGCCAGACUCAGGACUACAUUGAUACCAAGUUGCAAAAGAGGCGUAAGGGGGUCUUUGGAGCCCCUCUCGGGAAGUACCUCAUCUUCUUCAUCGACGACUUGAACAUGCCCAUGCCAGAGACGUAUGGAGCCCAGCCACCCAUCGAACUUCUCCGCCAGUGGAUGGACCACGGGGGCUGGUAUGACAAAAAACAGAUUGGUUCAUUCAAGAAAUUGGUGGACAUCAACUUUGCUUGCGCUAUGUGUCCACCUGGAGGUGGCCGCAACCCCGUCACCCCCCGCUUUACACGUCACUUCAGCUUCCUCUCCUUCACCGAGAUGGAGGAUGCCAGCAAGAGGAAAAUUUUCUCCACCAUCCUGGGAAGCUGGAUGGAGCCAGUCAAGGAGAUACAGCCACUGAAUGGGCCACUGGUGGAUGCUACAAUUCUGGUGUACGCCAGCAUCACAUCCCAGCUGCUACCCACGCCUGCCAAGUCCCACUAUACCUUCAACCUCCGUGACCUGUCUAAGGUCUUCCAAGGCAUUCUCAUGGCAGAAGCUAGCAAGAUCACAGAUAAAGUGCCACUGCUCCAGCUGUGGUACCAUGAGAGCUGCCGGGUCUUCAAGGACCGGCUGGUGUGUGCAGAUGACCGUUGUUGCUUUGAUGAGCUGCUACAGGCUCAGAUCAGAGAGUUUGGCUGCCAUUUUGAAGAGGUGACACCACACCAGCCUGUCCUCUUUGGCGACUUCAUGGUCUCCGGCACUGAAAACAAAGCGUACCAGCUUAUCGACGACAAGGACAGACUAGUUCAUGUCAUAGAAGAGUACAUGGAAGAAUAUAAUCAAAUCAGCACCACUAAGAUGAAGCUGGUGCUCUUCAUGGAUGCCAUCGAACAUGUGUGUCGCAUCAGCCGUGUUCUGCGACAGCCCCUUGGCAAUGCCUUGCUGCUUGGCGUCGGGGGAAGUGGCAGGCAGUCUCUCACCAAGCUGGCGUCCCACAUGUCUGAAUAUGAGUGUUUCCAGGUUGAGUUAUCCAAAAACUAUGGCCACACUGAGUGGAGAGAAGACAUCAAAACCAUUAUGCUGAAAGCUGGUCUACAGAAUGUAAAGAUCACCUUUUUGUUUGCAGACACACAGAUCAAGAAUGAGACCUUUCUGGAGGAUGUAAACAACAUCCUGAACUCUGGUGACGUACCAAAUCUAUAUUCACUGGAUGAGCAGGAACGCAUCCUGACUGCUAUGAAGCCUGUUCUGCAGAACUUGGGCCUGCAGCCCUCAAAAGCCAACCUCAUGGCCACCUAUCUCAAGAGGGUUCGUGCUAACAUCCACAUGGUACUCUGUAUGAGCCCUAUCGGGGAGGUCUUCCGGGCACGGCUCCGGCAGUUCCCCUCCCUUGUCACCUGCUGCACCAUCGACUGGUUCAAUGCCUGGCCAGAGGAAGCACUCCAGUCAGUCGCUGCCUCUUUCCUUAAUGAGCUGCCAGAACUGGAGGUUGGACCGGAUGCAAUUAGGGGGCUGAGCCAAAUGUGUGUAGAGAUCCACCAGUCAGUAGCCAGAAAGUGCGAGCAGUACUUAGCAGAGCUGUCGCGACACAACUAUGUCACACCCAAGAGUUACCUGGAGCUUCUCGGCAUCUUCUCCACACUCUUUGGGCGCAAAAAGCAUGACCUGCACAGUGCCCAGCAACGUAUGAAGACCGGCCUCGACAAGCUACUGCGGACAGCAGAAGAUGUAAGCAAGAUUCAAGAGGAGCUGGAGACGAUGAGGCCUCUGUUGGAGGAGGCAGCUCAAGACACUGUGGUUACCAUGGAGAAGAUCAAGGAGGACACGGUUGUUGCAGAGGAGACACGGGUGGCAGUUCAGGAAGAGGAAGCCAAAGCAUCUGAGAAGGCUCGCAUAGCACAGGCUAUCGCUGACGAUGCACAAAAGGACCUUGAUGAGGCCCUACCCGCUCUCGAUGCUGCCCUCGCCAGCCUAAAUUCUCUCAACAAGAAUGAUGUCACUGAGGUCCGAGCGAUGCAGAGACCACCCCAGGGCGUGAAGCUGGUGAUUGAGGCUGUCUGCAUCAUGAAGGGCAUCAAACCUAAAAAGGUGCAAGGUGAGAAGCCGGGAACGAAGGUGGACGACUACUGGGAGCCAGGCAAAGGACUGCUUCAGGACCCAGGGAAGUUCCUGGAGGGCUUAUUCAAGUUUAAUAAGGACAACAUUCCUGACUCUGUGAUCAAACUGAUUCAACCCUACAUUGAUAAUGAAGAGUUCCAGCCCGCGUCUUUCGCCAAGGUGUCCAAGGCCUGCAUCUCCAUCUGCCAGUGGGUGCGCGCCAUGCACAUGUACCACUUCGUCGCCAAAGGUGUGGAGCCCAAGCGGCAAGCCCUGCAAGAAGCCCAGGAAGAUCUGGCUGUGACCCGGAAUGUUCUGGAAGAUGCCAAAAAGAAGCUGGUAUCUGUGGAAGAAAACGUUGCUGCCCUACAGACCAAGUACCAUGACUGCCUGUCCAAGAGGGACGAGCUGGACAGGAAGUGCACCUUGUGUGAGCAGAGACUGGUGCGGGCUGACAAGCUCAUUGGUGGCCUGGCAGAUGAGAAGGUGCGAUGGAGAGAGACAGUGGAGAACCUGGAGUACAUGGUGGAGAACGUAUCGGGGGAUGUUCUACUCGCAGCUGGAUACAUUGCCUAUCUAGGCCCCUUCACAGGUGAGUAUCGGACGUCCAUGGUAGAAGACUGGCUACAGACCUUCAAGAAACUGGGUGUUCCCCACACUGACAAGCCCAGUCUGAUAACCACUCUGGGUGACCGGGUCAGGAUUCGAUCUUGGCAGAUUUCAGGCCUGCCUAACGACACUCUGUCAGUGGAGAAUGGUAUUAUUGCACAGUACUCCCGACGCUGGCCCCUGUUUAUCGAUCCACAAGGACAGGCCAACAAGUGGAUCAAGAGCAUGGAAUGUGACAACAGAUUGGAUGUGAUGAAGCUGAGUGAUCGGGACUUCCUGCGUAGCCUGGAGAAUGCCAUUCGCUUUGGAAAGCCAUGCCUGUUGGAGAACGUGGGAGAGGAGCUGGAUCCUGCAUUGGAACCUGUUCUUCUACGACAGACAUUCAAGCAGCAGCAAAACACUGUGCUCAAGCUUGGAGACACGGUCAUCCCUUACCAUGAUGACUUCAAGAUGUAUAUCACCACCAAGCUGCCAAAUCCCCACUACUCUCCAGAGAUCUCCACCAAGGUCACUCUCAUCAACUUCACCUUGUCACCCAGUGGGUUGGAAGACCAGUUAUUGGGUCGCGUGGUAGCCAGAGAACGGCCUACCAUGGAGGAAGCCAAGAAUCAGUUGAUAGUGAGCAACGCACGCAUGAGGCAAGAGCUGAAUGAAAUUGAAGAUCAGAUUCUGCUUCGGCUAAGCUCAUCCGAGGGGAACCCUGUGGAUGAUGAGGAGCUCAUCAGGGUCCUGGGGGCUUCCAAAGUCAAAGCUGAAGAGAUCAAGGGAAAAGUGUUGGUGGCUGAGGAGACGGAACGAGACAUCGAUGCUAUGCGGCUCCAGUACGUGCCAGUUGCUGAGCGUGCCCAGAUCCUCUUCUUCUGUGUCUCCGACCUUUCCAGUGUCGACCCCAUGUACCAAUAUUCCCUGGACUGGUUUCUGGGCAUUUUUAUGGCAGGCAUUGCCAAUUCAGAAAGUGCAGACUCAGUGGAGCGGCGGGUCUUCAACAUUAACGAGCACUUCACCUUCAGCCUGUACCGCAACGUGUGCCGCAGCCUGUUCGAGAAGCACAAGCUCAUGUUCGCCUUCCUGCUGUGCGCUCGCGUCAUGAUGAACGAGGACAAGAUCGACAUGGCCGAGUGGCGAUUUAUGCUGUAUGGGGGAAUUACCCAUCAGCCCCUGCCAAACCCUGCUGCUGACUGGCUGUCUGAGAGAGCCUGGCAGGACUUUCUGGGCCUUAGUGCCCUGCCAAGGUUCAGAGGCCUGGCUCACAGCUUCCAACGGCUUCGAAAUGGCUUCAAAAGGAUCUUUGACAGCGGAGAACCACACAGGGAAGACUUGCCAGGAGAAUGGAGCUCAGAGCUGGAUCCCUUCCAGAAGCUGUUGGUUCUCCGCUGCCUCCGAGCCGACCGGCUCACCCACGGCAUGCAGGAUUUCGUGGCGGAACGACUGGGCCGACGCUUCAUCGAGCCUCAGACGUCUGACCUCGCCGCUGUGUUUACGGAGUCGUCUCCCUCCACGCCUCUCAUCUUCGUGCUCUCUCCCGGGACCGACCCAGCUGCCGAUCUCUACAAAUUUGCAGAUGAGAUGAAGUUCUCGAAGAAGAUGAGUGCCAUCUCUCUAGGACAAGGCCAGGGCCCUUGGGCAGAGGCUAUGAUGCACAGUGCCAUGGAGAAGGGCCAGUGGGUCUUCUUCCAGAACUGUCACCUGGCACCCAGCUGGAUGCCGUCACUGGAGAGACUGAUAGAAAACAUCAACCCUGACAAGGUGCACCAGGAUUUCCGUAUGUGGCUAACCAGCAUGCCAAGCAACAAGUUCCCAGUAGCCAUCCUGCAGAACGGUUGCAAGAUAACCAUUGAACCUCCUCGGGGUAUAAAGGCCAAUCUUCUUAAGACCUACACAGGCCUCAGUGGAGACUCCUUCAGCACCUGCUCCAAGACCAGCCAGUUCAAGGCCCUGCUCCUGUCCCUAUGUCUCUUCCACGGGAGCACCAUAGAGCGCAGAAAGUUUGGCCCGCUGGGCUUCAACAUCCCGUAUGAGUUUACGGACGGCGACUUGCGUAUUUGCAUCAGCCAGCUGAAGAUGUUCCUCGACGAGUACCAGGAUGUCCCCUACAAGGUGUUGAAAUACACGGCAGGUGAGAUUAACUACGGCGGCCGUGUGACCGAUGACUGGGACCGCCGGUGCAUUCUGAACGUGCUGGAGGAUUUUUACUGUCCUGCUGUGCUUACCACGGGGCACAGCUACACCCCAUCUGGAAUUUACCGGCAGGUCGGCACCGAGCUGGACAUCAAGGGCUACCUGGACUAUAUCCACAGCCUUCCUAUAAAUGAUACCCCGGAUAUUUUUGGUCUCCAUGACAACGCCAACAUCACUUUCGCCCAGAACGAGACAUUCGCUUUGCUUGGUGCCAUAGUCAAGCUUCAGCCCCAAGCAGCAGCUAAUGGGGGCAGGGCCCGGGAGGAGAUCGUGGAGGACAUUGUGGGUAGUGUGGUGGAGAGGAUUCCCAGGCCCAUCGAUACACAGGAUGUGAGGGAGCGGUACCCGGUCCUGUACGAGGAAUCCAUGAACACUGUGCUGAUUCAAGAGGUCAUCAGAUAUAAUCGACUGCUGGCUGUCAUUACACAAACCCUCUCUGACCUGGUAAAGGCUCUCAAAGGGGUAGUAGUGAUGUCAUCAGAGCUAGAGCUGAUGGCCCACAGCCUGUUCAACAACAGAGUGCCAGACAUGUGGAAUGCCAAGGCUUAUCCAUCACUGAAGCCCCUCUCAUCCUGGGUGUCUGACCUGCAGCAGAGGCUCGACUUUCUGAAGGGCUGGAUCUCCGAUGGCGUCCCGGCCGUCUUUUGGAUCAGUGGCUUCUUCUUCCCUCAGGCCUUCCUCACCGGCACCUUGCAGAACUUUGCCCGACGCUCCGUUGUCUCCAUUGACACCAUUGGCUUUGACUUCCAGAUGAUUAAGGAGCCUGUAGAGCAGCUGACAGAACGUCCAGACGUAGGCUGCUACAUCCGCGGCCUGUUCCUGGAAGGGGCGCGCUGGGACCCUCACGCGGGCCUGCUGGCCGAGUCCCGACCCAUGGAGCUGUACACCGAGAUGGCGGUCAUCUGGCUGGUGCCGAUGGCCAACCGCAGAGCACCCACCUCCGGGGUGUACAUCUGCCCCAUCUACAAGACCCUCACCCGGGCAGGAACGCUGUCCACCACGGGCCAUUCCACAAACUACGUGAUUGCAGUGGAAAUGCCCAGUGACCGGCACCAGAGGCACUGGAUCAAACGGGGCGUGGCUCUCAUCUGCGCUCUGGAUUAUUAGCCAGCGAUACUCACCUCAGAGAAUCACCUUAGUACAGACAACAUAAGCUACAUUGGGGGAUUUCCAUUCAAAGCACUUACAAAUUGACAUUACAAAAGGCCACAAGAUGCUAAUACGUAAAACACAAGCCUCAAACUGAAAUAACCCGAGGCUAUUAUGUUCAUUUCAUGAUGACGUUCAGUUCAAGUGGGCUGACAGGUUUUUUUUUUUUUAAAUAUAUGAACAAUCUGCAAAAAAGUUGACUUGAGCGGGGAGGGGGGUGGCGACAGCAAUAUUCAUUCAGCUUUGAUAAUCAAUCAGUUGAUCAGUGGUCAGGAUUUAACAAUUAUAAAAAAUACUUUCUGGGCCAGGUAGUUCUCAAGGGCCCUGACUGUGAAAUCCCUUGUUUAGAACUUAGUCAAUAUUUCCAAUGUAGUCAAUCCGGAAAUAUUACCCCGCUUGUGUGUUAUAUUCUGAUGUCAUUAUACAAACACAUGUUGCUUUAAAUAGCUGGCGACGUUCCUGCUUAUUUAUACUGGUGACGUGCAUUAUAGUUGAAGUGAAAUGGUAUCAAUCGUCAUGAAAAUGUGCUAAUGGGCUUCACCUCGUCA